UAGGGGGAAUAUAAGUAAUAUAAUAUAAUACAUACUAACUCUAUAUCAACUGUAUUUCUUACCUUGGUUUGUGUGUUUGUGUGUGUGUGUGUGUGUGUGUGUGUGUGUGUGUGUGUGUGUGUGUGUGUGUGUGUGUGUGUGUCGGGGCUGCAGCAACAUGAGGCUGCAGAGUCAUGUGUGAAUUUGGGGCCCCAUUUGGCCCUAUGUGUGAAGGCCCCCCACACCUAUAUAACCCACUGACCCACUCCCACACACAUUCAGACACAGAGAGACACAGCGACCAGGUGAGAGAGAGGCAGAGAGGGGCAGAUAGAGAAGACGUCAUAGACAGAAGUAGAGGGAGAGCCAGAGCUCCAUAAGUACGGACAAAGGAGGAAGUCAGGAACACGUGCCGGAUUAGAGGAACCAUGCUGAGCAUUGAGAGGUACCCCGGACUGGCCCCGGGGCCCCAGAGACUGGCUGACUGCUACUACAGAGUUUACAUAACUGAUGUGUUUGGAGGGAAUAGGAAACGAUGUAGGGAACAGGGAGUGAGGGAACAAGUGAGCCGAAUGGACCCGGCUGGGGCUGACCCCUGCUGUCCCUCCCCCACAGAGGGAGAGGCUCCGCCCCCACAGGGCCUGUUUCCUACCUCCUGUAACAUGGCAGCAAGAGCUCCGCCCCCGAGGGCCCUGGCCCCGCCUCCCGUACCCACGGAGACCGCCGGCAAGGAGCAGGUGAAGAUGGAGCUGGAGAACGCGUCGCUAUGGAAACAGUUCAGCGCCGUCGGCACGGAGAUGAUCAUCACCAAGAAGGGCAGACGGAUGUUCCCGGGGCUGAGCGUGAAGCUGUCCGGUCUGAACCCCGCCCUGCGCUACAUCCUGCUGCUGGACAUCGUCCCCCUGGACAGCUCGCGCUACCGUUUCCAGGGCGACGCGUGGCAGACGGUGGGCGAGGCCGAGGCCCGGCUGCCCGACCGGGUGUUCAUCCACCCCGACUCCCCCGCCACCGGCGCCCACUGGCUGGGCCGCAGCGUCGCCUUCCACCGCGCCAAGCUGACCAAUCACACGCUGGACUCACAGGGACACAUCAUCCUCCACUCGCUCCACCGCUACCAGCCGCGCCUCCACAUCAUGGAGGCGCGCGACAUGCUGCGCUGGGGCGGCGCCCAGCACUCCUUCAGCUUCCCCGAGACCCAGUUCCUCACCGUCACCGCCUACCAGAACCCCAGGAUCACUGAGCUGAAGAUCAGGUCCAACCCCUUUGCAAAAGGCUUCAGAGAGGAUGGAAGGAACUGCAAAAAACAAAGAGACGCACGUCAGAAACGCAAGAUGACAGAACCCCUGGAUCUGGGUACUACUCACUCUCUGGUGUGUCUCCCAGACGGCUCCGAGCCCGGCGACUCCUCCAGGGACCUGCAGGGUCUGCUUCUGGCCGCGCUGCCCCAGCAGCAGGACUCCUCCUGUGGGUUCAGAGACGAGGACCCGGCCCAGGUCCCGGAGCAGCACCUGGACCUGGGCCACUCCUUCAUCACCUCUCACAUCGACCACAUGGCCGCCAGCCUGGCCAAUGAGAUGCAGGACACUGCAGGAAGUCACGUGUCGGACCAGAUGAUUGACAGGUCUGAAACCUCCUACGAGCCAGGGUUCCUGUCCGCUCCUCCUCCCCCCUCCUCAUCCUACACCUCUCUCCCGGACGGACCCGAGGCCGCUCUCUCUGCUGGGGGGUACCCCUGCCUGCUCUCCUCCUACCCAGACCUCACCCCCCCGCCCUCCGCCACCUCCUCCCCCCUCCCCCUGCUCCCCACGUCCCCCCCGGCCUACCCCGCCCUGGCGCCGGGCGACCCCCAGGGCUUCAGUCCCCACACCCCCCUCGACGCCCCCUACCCCCCCACCCAGGACCACGCCUCCCCCGCGGUCUUCAGCUACCCUCCACACGAGGCCACGCCCCCCCACGACCCCACGGCUCCGCCUCCCUCGGGGGCGCUGGUCAACACGCCGAGCGCUCCCACCGCGUUCCCCUUUCCCCCUCUGAACCAACCCCAGACCCCCUCCUACAGCCCCGCCCCCCCUCUCAACCAAUCACAGCUCUCGUUAGCGUCCACCCCCAUCCUUAACCAGACCCAGGCCCCUCCCUUCUUCCCUGCUCCGACUCUCAACCAAUCCCAGUUCUCCUACCUGCCUCUGAACCAAUCCCAGCUGUCCUCCUUCCCACCCAACCAAUCACAACUCUCCUACCCCCCGCUGAACCAAUCCCAGCUGUCCUUAGCCCAAGGUCAGACCCCCUCCCCCUUCUUCCCCUCCCCCGCUGAGCUCCACCCCGGCUCCCCCUACCUGCCGGACAUGAUGCUGCACCACCCUGGCCUCUCCUCCGUCGCCCAGGGCCCCGGCCUCUACUCCUCCUUCCCCUCCUACCCGCUGCGGCUGUGUCCGGACCCCCGCUCCUCCAUGCCCGUUCCCCUCAGGCACGUCUACAGACAGCCCCCGCCCCCCCAGGGGUCCUACCGGGACAUGGGCCCCCGUGCCGCCUACUGAGCGUGUGCAGUUCGGAUCGCGGCGGGAGUCGAUCGUGUCGCCAUCGAUGAGUUAACUCUGGACGUUGGAUAGCGCUUUUAGAAGUGGUAGCUUCGGUAGAGUCGUAGUGGUACCGGCUGAAUGACGUCAUGAAUACAGGCUGCUCAUGUUAGGAAUAUGUCAUGGAAACAGAGUGAUGAUGUCAUAAGGAGACUGACGUCAUGAGCAGGCUGAAUGAAUACGUGGUGAUGACGUCAUCAUUUGUAAACAAAUGUGUAAAUAGAUGUUUUCUUGGAUGUGUUUUUUUUUACAAAG